GCAGAAUGUCUCCUGUGGGACGACCUCCUAUACGGCAACGUCUUAUAGAAUGAGACAGGAAAUAUCAGCUCACCGUCCGACGGUCACCAGUGCAACCCGUGGGUGGAAUGACAUCUCCAUCACGCCUGAGACGAACUUGGCAAGCCACGAAUGCCUUCACAGCCCUCUGUCUUGCUGCCACCUGGUUCGGAACGCCGGAUUAGGACGGCCCCGGCCCCGGCAGCAGCAGCAGCAUCAGCAGCAACAGCAGCACGUGGCCUUCUGUCACAACGGCGAGGAGCACCACACCACGACACCACGACACCACGACACGUGAAAAGUCUAUUGAGCAAACCGCAGUCUAUCGCUCGAGAUCGCGUCAUCUUCUACUGUGCCGGAACUUUGUUAUGUCACAGUAGCACCGAGUGGCAGUGCCAUGCCCGAGGCAGAUUCGGACAGCCUGGCCAACUGCCGCCAUUGAACAACUUGACAAACGGUCCGAGGUGUUGCGUACAUCGCGUUUGACCAUGUAGCAUCAGUUGGCACUGGUGCCCGGGAAUACCAAGCUGCCCGCCUCACUGCAUGCCCCGCACCUGUGGGCAGGAGGGAGUAGCCGCAGCUCAUGCCCACGAGGCAAACGGCGAUCCACCAGAUCUCCCUCAGAAACAAGAAAAUCUGGGAGGGCUGGAAACGCCUGAAGCAUAUUGGCAAGGGCCGUGUAACAGUCUCGGAGCUGCCCAAGCAAUCCUCACCGUGAGCCUGGGACCAUUGCCCUGCGGUCGGACAAAUCAGUGUUGCCGGUGUCCGCAGAACCACGGGCCUGGAACCUUGUAUCUCGUGCUAUCGUCACCGCCGGCUUUGGCAAAACGUGCACGAUGAGAGAAGGUGUAUACUGUAUGGCCGGCCACCCCGGCUCAUCGAGUGCGACAGGGGUUGAUGUGAGACGUGACCGUACCAUUAUAAUCGAGUGUUGUGGGAGAGGCAGGGGUCUUUCUCAUAUGCGAUUCGGUGAUCCAAAGAUCGGCUCAACCAACCGGACAGGCUAGCGCACAGACUCGGGGCCGCUGGGCUGCUGGGAGUCUGGGAGUCUGGGAGUCUGGCACCGACAGACCGUGAUGGUGGACAAAGUCUAUCGUCUGAAAUACGACCAGGCAGCCCAGGCAGCUCGGAUUGAGCCGGGAUGGCUGGUGACCAGCGGGUCGCUGACAUCGUUUCAAGUACAUUAUGACCCCUGGGGUUCAACGGGCAGACCGACCCAUCGCUCGAGCUCCCCAAGGACGCGGGGGCAACAAGACGGCGGUCAACCGGCACCGCUCGGUCCUCAGAAAACAGCUCCGACACAUAUAUCUGACAACACCGUACCCAGAGGCCACGCUCAGAUGCACAGCCUUGGAAGGCGCUGGCUGGCAGGGCUGAAUGCGCGCGAGCAUCAUCCAGCUAUCGCCCUCGAGCCGUUCAAUCCGAUCAGGACUCUGCUUCCUGUCAGAGUGCUGUCAGCUGCACGGUCCGUCGAACCGCAUGAACGAUACCUUUCGUCCGCUGGCCCCCUCAGAGGCGCGUUUUCAUGAGAGGAUACGAUUGGCAGUCCAGUCGCUGUCCGAUUAACUUUUCACGCAUGCUGAAACGCGGUGGGGGGCGCCCUUAGAAACCAAGACACCUAUAACAAGUGUCACGGAGGCAUGGGUGGUACCACGCUUCCGGAUUCGUCCUUUUUCAGCCGCAUGGACAAUCAUGUUUCCUGGUCCGAGGCCAAUCCAGAGGAUGCUGUGUACAUCCGCCACUCGCAUCGGGCGGCUGGCCCAGGUCGCAUCACUGUCAUGGUGAUCACACACCGAACAGCCGGGCCACGGGGCGCCUCUCUGCAAGAAAGAUAGAUCCGCAAUAGAUCUCCGCCAAUAUGCUGCCCUGCUAUAGAGCCGGGACUCGUGUGCGUGUGCGUGAAAUCCCAACCUGUCCCUGGUUUGAGCCGCGUGGUGACAGCUUGGCUGACACCUAAGUUUAUCCCAGACCGACACGCUGCUGGUCACAGAACUGAGUCUAUCCAUGACCUGAGUACCUACUCUCCCAUGGCACACCCGCUUUUGUAGCGCAAAGUUUCCACGGUACAUUCACCGCGUCCAGGUGACUCUCUGGCUGCCUAGGACCAGGGACUUGCGCUCCUGCUGCACGGCUGCCCACCUGGCUCUCUCCGCUGAGAUCACCGAGCUUUGGACCCGACGUGGUAUUCUGCUAGUGAGGGUGUGCUCAGUGUUUCCCCAGCUUUAUGUUCGUCCUGCCCUGCUUCUGAUGCAAGUCUCGAAAUCCGCCCCCUCCUACGUCUUGCACCCCGCGUCAUGCACACUGAGCAGUGAGCUGUCAGUUUUGACCUCAUGCAUCUGGGUCUGUUGGCCAAUGUCUGUCAGUUGAUGCUAUAGCCACUACCGAACGACCAUGCUGCCAGAAUCGGAAAUCUCAAGAGACAUACACAACAUUGAAGACGGGAAGUCGUCGCGGCGGGCGAAGCUUCCAUCAGAGUUGUCGUUCGAACAUGUGGUCAAGAACACGGUGGCAUCGCCAUGCUCGCUUGGCGAGUUUAUGGACUUUCUGGUCCAUGGGGAUCUGAACGCAGAGUUACUGCAAUUUUUCAUCUGGUACUGCGACUACAUCGAGCGAUGGAGUGAGCUGUCGCCUCAACAGAAAUCAUUAUCGCCCCCGUGGGAGCCAGCUCGACACCGAGGACAAAAAGGACCAGCCGCACAUACUCAUCGACGAGACGGGAGUGACAGACUCAAUCAGAUAUUAGGCAUCAUGGAGGUUGUCAAUGCUAAGAAGCACCCGAAUUGGUCAUUAAAGGGCGAGAUCGAAACAGGAGCCGACUCGGGGACAACGAGCCAGUCACCAAGCAUAGUGAGCAUGCCAGCCGCUACCGCUCGGAGGGCAACCAAACAGGACACCCCACAGACACACACCGCAUUACCCCUAAACUCUAAUCCCAUCGACGAACAGCCUCCAGACCACAUACAGCCGUUCCGCGACGAGAUCAACAUGAUCAUCAAGCAAUACAUCACCGACCAGGCACCCAGGCGCCUGAAUAUAUCUGACGACGACCUGGCUGCCUGCAAAAAGGCUGCCAGCUUAACCACACACCCGUCUGCUUUGCUGCGUGCAUUCACCGCCGCAGAAGACCUUUUGAAGUCUGACUGUUUCCCACGUUUUAUCCACGACAGCCAGCGGAACGCCAACAAGCCGCGUCUCAUAUUGGUCCGGAUAAUCGCCCUCACCGUCAUAAUGACUGGCUUCCUGGCCAACCAGGUACUGGUCCUGUCCAGCCUGUCCCAGUUCUUCCGCGUGCUCAGCAUAAUCCUGUGGUGGCCGAGCUUCACGACCCUAAUAGCAGCGAUACAAGGGCUCUGCCCCCUCCUACAAUCCAGAAGCCUCCGCCAGCUGCGGCCCUGGGAGCAGGAGCAGCUGGGUGAGGACGGUGACGCGGACGGCGACACGCACGAGCUCAACCCUGCAGCCGAGGUCACAACACACAUCAGCUCGGACAACGACAGGCAGAGGCCGAAGCAAGCGUGGCACGGGUCUGUUAUCCGGGUCACAAGCAAGCUGUCCACGAGCCGCAACGACGACCCGCUGCGCAAGCCGAGCAUGCAGACGUUUGGGCCGGCGAACAAGUACAGGAGACGGGCCUUUGUGAAGGCGUACCGGUCCAAGACGAUCACCCGCAAGAUCUGGGACGACACGGUCAAGACGCGCAACAGGAACAUCAAGAUGCUGCAGGACCGGACGCUCUUCCUUUCUAUAUGCUGGGGCGGCGCGAUAUCGUCGGUGCUUACCGUGGUGUCCCUCUUUAUUCCGAUGAUGAAGGUCUUGUGA